GUUCUGGCUCGGGUCGCUGUUCAGCUGCCCGAAUCCACGUCCAAUCCCGUCCAGUCCAAGCCUGGUCGCCGCCUGUCCUUACUUUGACUACCCACGCCAAUGCCUAGUGUGCUUCCAUUUGCUUAGCCUUGCGCUUGACAAUCUUCCAUCUCCCACCACUCAAGGCGAACCCCACGGCGAAUUAGCGAACUUGAGCUCGACAGGAAGUCCACCUGCGACGAACCCUCUCCAACCGAGCAUAUCUCCCAACUGCACACACCGCGCAAUCUUAAAGCUUUAGUCCUGACCCGUUGCCCGCGUUCGCCAUCAUGGGCAAUACUACCAGUGCCGUGUUGGACAACAUUGUCCAGGGGUCCAACUUCGACAGAGAGGAGGUUGACCGUCUAAGGAAACGUUUCAUGAAACUGGACAAGGACAACUCCGGCACGAUCGAGCGCGACGAGUUCCUCAGUCUCCCCCAGAUUUCCUCCAACCCGCUAGCGACGAGAAUGAUUGCUAUCUUUGAUGAGGACGGCGGCGGCGACGUUGACUUCCAGGAGUUUGUGUCUGGUCUCAGCGCCUUCUCAAGCAAGGGCAACAAAGAGCAGAAGCUGCGCUUCGCCUUCAAGGUGUACGACAUUGACCGCGACGGCUACAUCAGCAAUGGCGAGCUCUUCAUCGUGCUCAAGAUGAUGGUUGGCAGUAACCUUAAGGACCAGCAGCUGCAGCAGAUCGUCGACAAGACCAUCAUGGAGGCAGACCUGGACAAGGACGGCAAGAUCAGCUUCGAGGAGUUCACUAAGAUGGUGGAGAACACGGAUGUCAGCAUGAGCAUGACCUUGGAUACAUUCUAAAGUAGAGUAUGGUGUUGGCGCGCGCAUCAGGAUCAUGAGACAUGAAUUGCAACACUCUUCUAGGUAGAGAUACAUCAUUGCCCCUAGGCGGCACCGCAGCCGUCGUAUUGGCCCGAAUUGAAGUUUCUGGGUUUCAGCAGCUUCGGUAUCUGCGGCUUGUAUCUGUGUAGUCCUCCGAGAUAAUUGCUGGCUCGACCGGUUAGAGAGGCUGAGCUUCUUUUCGACCAGUUUCGACCAUGUUGACUAGGUAACAGGUUCAGCUCUGGGGGACAAUUAUUUCCAUGACACCAUUCUCGUGAUAUACCGAGACACCCCGAUCUGUGUCCGGUAGACUUGUGGUACAUACUCGAAUGAUUCUGUUCCCUUACCGUCGAUUUUUCGCCUGGAAAGGAACAUGGCCGCGACAUGUUCGCCUCCCUGUACGUCGGAAACAUGCGCGCUAGGUAGUUGUGUCACCCUUUGUUUAAGAGGCGUGGCAAGCGUGGCAAAAUUGCGGAUAUUUUGAACGCCGCUAGAGCGAGUGUUUGUGUAGUAAGCCUCGCUACAAACGCUUGGAGUGCAUGCAAUGAGGGCCUUGGAUGUCUCGUCAGUCUGAAUUCAAGACUAAGCAUUAUCUUCUUGGCACUGCACUUAGAGUAGAUUGGAGGGGCAUUAUGUAUUAUUGCGCAACCCUUAAUGGAAACAAG